AUGUUCCAGCUCCCUGUCAACAAUCUGGGCAGUCUGCGCAAAGCUCGGAAAAAUGUCAAGAAGGCCUUGGGAGACAUUGGCUUGGAGUAUUGCAAAGAUCAUCUGGAGGACUUCAAACCUUAUACUCCACCAGAAGUUUAUAUAAAGCACACCUCCUGGGAAGAUGUGUGCACGUGGGAGCCAUCGCAUACCAAAGUCCAGGACUACAGAUCCAAACCUUUCUGCUGCUCCGGCUGCCUCUUCUCGUCCAAAUACUUCUCUGCAUACAAGAGCCACUUCCGCAAUGUCCACAGCGAAGACUUUGAGAACAACAUCCUGCUGAACUGCCCUUACUGCACAUACAAUGGGAACAAAAAGAGCCUGGAGACGCACAUCAAACUUUUCCACAUGCCCAGCAACACCUUGCGCCAGGGUCCCGGGACUGUCCACCAUGGAGCUCCCAUGAUGAAGGACGGCCUCUUGAAGAGGCCUGGGGACAGUGUGGAACAGGCCGUGUACUACUGUAAGAAGUGCACCUACCGAGAUCCUUUGUACAAUGUCGUGCGAAAGCACAUCUACAGGGAACACUUCCAGCAGGUUGCACAGCCUUACAUUGCAAAACCAGGAGAGAAGACCAACACUCCAAAUGGCGGACCCACUGCAAAAACUGAGGGGAGCAAUACAAGCAGCACGGCUAGUCAUCAGAUCCACUGCAAGAAGUGUCUGUUCGUCCCGAGGACCUAUGAGGCGCUUGUUCAACACGUCAUCGAGGACCACGAGAGGAUCGGCUACCAGGUGACCGCCAUGAUCGGUCACACCAGCGUAAUUGUCCCCCGGCCUAAGCCCAUCCUUUUGAUGCCACCAAAAACUCACGGAGAUAAGACAGUCAUUGGGAUGGGCCCGAAGGGGAUCGUCAUGGCCAACCCCAGGCCUACGGCCUCUCAGCAGAUGGCCCGAGUUCCCAUCGCGUCCAAGCCAAGCCUGAGUGCUCAAAGUCUCCUCUCUGGGAUUAAACAUGAGUCAGUGGGAUUAAAGUCAGGGACCAACCAGCUCUUUUCCUUUGCGAGCCAACAGGCGAAGGCCACCCUCACAGGGAACGCCCAAGUUUCACCCCAGCUGCACUCGGCAAAACAUCACUUUCCCGGAGGCGCCCUGCGCAGCCCAUUGUUGGUUAGCCCGGCAUCUUCCCUCAAACCCAACCCCCUGGGAUCAAGGGUCCAGGCGGCAGCCACCACCUUUGCAUCGGUCACAGCCAAAAAAACUGGUUCCUCAGUCCUGAGCGCGUCUUACACCCAGAAGUGGAAAAUAUGCACCAUUUGCAACGAGCUCUUUCCAGAGAAUGUGUACAGUUCUCACUUUGAGAAAGAGCAUAAAGCCGAGAAGGUACCUGCCGUGGCCAACUACAUCAUGAAGAUUCACAACUUCACCAGCAAGUGUCUGUACUGCAACCGCUAUCUCCCCAGCGAUACCUUGUUAAACCACAUGCUCAUUCAUGGCCUGUCCUGCCAGCACUGCCGCGCCACUUUCAAUGACGUGGAAAAGUUGGUAGCUCACAUGCGUCUGUCUCACCUGAACGAGCCAGUAGGCCCUCGCAUUGACUCCCCUCUUACUUUCGACCUCACCCUUCAGCAGGGCAAUCCAAAGAACGUUCAAUUGAUUGUGACUACCUACAACAUGAAAGAUGCACCAGAGGAGUCUGUGGCCUUUCAUUCCCAGAACAACACCCCUAUCUCGCCUUCCCUGUCCUCGUCCCUACUAUCGUCUAAGAGGUUGUUGUCUCAGCACCCGCCUAAAACGCACGUGGGGGUACCUGAGACUGCCGGCCCGCUCAAGAAUGUUCCACAAACGUCUGUACCAUACAAGAGGGACGUUGGGAAGACCCUUUGUCCACUUUGCUUCUCUAUUCUCAAGGGCCCCAUCUCAGAUUCCCUGGCCCAUCAUUUGCGCGACAAGCACCAAGUCAUUCAGACUGUCCACCCUGUAGAGAAGAAACUGACCUAUAAGUGUAUUCACUGCCUGGGUGUGUACACUAGUAACAUGACCGCCUCCACCAUCACAUUACACUUGGUGCAUUGUCGAGGAGUAGGCAAGUCUCACAACGGCCAGGAUAAGUCUGCUCACUCCUCACGAAUCAGUCAGGGGCAGGUUGCUGCUGCCAAACGGAUCGCCCUCGAUCGUGCCAAUACGAGUGCACCAAAAAAAAAAAGGCGGGGUCCUCCUGGAGAGAGAGCACACCCAAGAGAUGUGAAUGGUCCGUUUGAAGAAAACCCAGACCAACCUGUUUCCCUAGCGCUAAACCCUAAAGGACUUGAAAACGAUUCAUAUGAAUCGAGGAAGGCUUUUCUCACUCGCUACUUCAAUCGAGCGCCUUACGCCACGCAGCGAGAAGUGGAGAAGCUGGCGGCCGGUCUGUGGCUGUGGAAGUCCGACAUCUCCAGCCACUUUGUCAACACGCGCAGGAAAUGCACGCAGGAAUGCGAAAGCCUCAACCCUGCCAUCUUACUCGGAUUCAGUAUGCACGAAGUCGGCAAAGUGAGACACGGGUUGGCGUUGGAUGGGGUAGACUGCUUGUGUCAGAGCCAGCCGGGCCGUAGGCGCACAUCUAGGACACGCUUAGGCCUGUCGGAACGAGCUCGGCAGAGGCUUAAGGAGUCGGUCACAGCAAAUCUUGACGCCGAGAUCAACACCGUUAUAGACCAAACCAAGACAAUCAACAGCACCCCGUUGCAGAAAACGCCUGCGGAUCCUGCUGAACCAAUCCCCAUUGAUUCUGACAGCGAAGAGGAAGUCCAGCAGGUGGCAUCCAGAACGCAACAUCCAGAAGCAAAAACGGCACUCGCUGCAGAGGGCAAAGUUACGUCGGACCAACAGGACAUGUUCGAGGACGAUGACGACGAUGAUGAUGAUGAUGACGAUGAUGAUGACGACGACGAGGAUGAAGGGGUGCACCUGGAGAAUGGCUUCGGUCCGACCGAGGCGGCCAAAGGGAGGGAUGCCCUGCCCAUCAUUAUUCCCAAGUUUGUACCCUCGUCUGCAAGACGGGGUGGCGAUGUAACACAGCUGGGAAAGCAGCAGGUCUAA